AUGGCCGCCUUCCUCCUCCUCCUCCUCCUCCUCGGCGCCACCGGUGCCGGUGCCGACCUGGUCCCGGGGCCCCUCGAGACCCUGACCCAGGUGGAGCUAAAGCUGCAGCCGCUGCAGCAGGAGCCAGCUGUGCUGCUCCCGGUGACGCUGCAGCAGGAGCAGGAGCCGCCGAAGGCGCUGCCACCGCGCUGGGGCAGUGACCUGGCCUCCUUCCCGCCCGCGCGGCCCGGUGACGAUGCCACCGUCGCCCGUCUCUGCCGCCACCCGCAGCCGGCCGCGGUGUCGCCGUCGGACCUGCCGCGCACCGGCUUCUCCCACCUGCGGCGCCAGGCGGAGGCCCUGGGUCACCUGCAGCGGCGCCUCCGCGGCUGCUGCCACCAGCCCCAACCCCUGCCCUGUGCGCAGCAGGCGUGGUUGGAGGUGCUGGACAGUUUCUGCGAGGACGAGUUCCGCGUGAAGACCCGUCACUACCGGUGCUGCCUGCGGCACGGCAGCGAGCGCCAGCGCUGCUUCGAGGAGGCCGCGGGCGACGACGGCACCGCUGCCGCCCCGCAGCCCGUGGAGACCCCGCGGCUGCCGCCGCCGCUCGCCUUCCCGCCCGGCGAGCCCACGGAGGCCAACAUGGGGAACAUCUGCCGCCUGCGGCGCUUCCGCCUGGCCGCCGCCGCGUCGCCGCCCGCCGGCUCCACGGGCAGGAGCAGCGCGAGGGCCGUCGCCCGCCUCGAGCGCGACUACAAGGGCUGCUGCCGCAGCGGCGGCCUGGACUGCGCCCGUGCUGCCUGGCGCCAGACGCUGGGGCGGUUCUGCCAGGAGGAGAGCGCCGUGAAGACGCAGCAGCCGCGGUGCUGCCGGCGCGGCGCGGGGGACGCGCGCUGGCGCUGCUUCGCCGCCGAGGCCCCCCAGCCCGCGUACGACCGCGAGCUGCGCGCCGCCAGCCUGGCCCCGCUGCGCGCCCCGCUGCUGCACGCGCUCUGCACCCACGCGCAGCUGCUCACCAAGCGGAAGCCGGUGCUGGUGCUGGUGCAGAACAUCACGGACACCUGCUGCCCCCGCGACGACGCCGAGCGAGUGGCCUGCGCCGAGGAGGAGAAAUCCCGCUCCAUCGACGCGCUCUGCUCCUCACUGCGCGGCUCCUGGAAGGACCCUGAGCACUGCUGCGACGCCACCGAGCGCCACCGCUGCUUCGACAGCCGCUACCUAGCCCAGGUGGAAGUCGCCUCUGCCACCCCCGAGCUGCUGCCCCAGGAGCAGGACUAGGACCCGACUCGGCUAUGACGGUGCUGGGGGGACAAACGGGACCACGUCGCGGUCCCUUGUCCCCUGCUGCAAAGGCCACAAUAAAGUC